AAUGAUUUAAAAGUAUCAUUAAAAGUUUGGAUAUCUUUGACACUUCCCAAAAUCAUAAUAUUUUAUCAAUGGAGUCACCCAGUUUUCGAAAUUAGUGUUUUCAGAGUUCUUGUGACUAGUGUUCCGCUUAAUCAG